AUGGAUUGCAAGCUCCAACACCGCGAAGGCUGCCAGGAAAUGCCAAUGUGGGCUGACACUAUCUCUCUAGACGGAGGAGACCUCAGGAUUACGUUCCGCCGCACAAUUCGUGUGGCAGACAGUUCGACAUCUGAGUCGCUUUUGCCACCUGACCUGGGCGUCUUUCCCUUGUUUCAGGCCAAAGAGACGAGGUGCUGGGAAAUGAGUAACGGAACUGAGAUUGCAUUUCCGUCGCAAGUGCCAGGAUGGUUGAAAGCCAAGGGAGGUAUUUUCUUUCCCAUGCACGAAAACGAAGCUACUUGGAUCAAUUUUGAAUCCAAGUCCAGGCGACCCUACAUCAUUAAAGUCCAUGCGGGUGGUAUCAACGCCGUCUCUGGCUUGGCUUCCACUGCUGAUACAGCUCCUGGUCAGCAGGACUAUGUGGUCAUUCCUGAGCAGCGGUGGUUGGACGGUAUCGCUGUCAACGCUGGUCUUGUUCGUCAGUUCGUCGCGGUUCCACUUGGGAAAAAUCGUACUGUAGAGGGCCAAAUUACAGGAAGCGAAAAAUUUGGUGGGAUUCAGUUUGAAGUUGUCAAAGGUAUUGUUUGGAAGAAUUUCUAUGUCCAACGUCUUGACGGUAUCUGUAUCAUGGUCUCCGUGGAUGAUAGAGAACAUGUGGAUGGACUCUGUAGGAAAAUCAGUGAGACACUUGGCGAGACGCUAGGACCACGAGACCUCUACGACAGGGGAAGGGUGGUUCGUCUUGAGCGCGUUAUAGACGAAAGCUUGAGAGAAACUGGGUUGACGGAUAUCGGCAUCGUGGACCCCGAAAACCUAUCCCUUCUUGAAGAACUUGACCAGAUUGAGCAGUAUUUGUGUGGUACCCGAUUUCCGGGGUGGGGAUAUGCGGGAUAUGCUAGCGCGGGAUAUGCUGAUGCGACGCCAACACGAGCAGGAUCGCAGGCCGAGUUCGGACUCGCCGCUGGGGGCCUCAUCAAGCAGCAUAUCCAGAAAGACACCCAUCCUGCGUCCACCUGGGAUUUCGCGACCAAGACCGUGUUCAAUGUACAACUUAUCUCGGCGCAAGUUUUCAAGGAGAUGACCGGCUUCAUGACUCCAACGGGCCCCAUCAACGCUGCAACGUACCGGAUGUACGGUCUACCAUUCUAUGAAAUCCCGGAGUCACCGUCUACGGUCGCUGGCGACUUUGGAAGACUCAAAAGCCUUGCGCACUUGAAGUACAUGGAAUGGAUUGAUAAUGACGUUGUGCUCGCUCCGGCGUCCGAUAUUGGUGAGUUUCGGUCCAUCAACGGGGAGCGGCAGGAGGAAGGUGCAAGAGGACUGCGGCUUACAUCUGCGCAGACGACGACAAAAGACAAUUGGAUGCGGAGGAGGGCAGUUUCAAAGACAGAAAUUUGUGACAGCCGCUCCCAGGAGGACAGCACAAGGGUAAAGAGCCUCCAACGUGCCUACCAUGUGUCAAGCACAAAAUCUCAGGAAGACUCCAAUGCCCCACAAAGUGAUGACUUUUACCCUGAUUUCGAUGACGAAGUGGAAGAAAUUCCCGGUCUACCUUUCGGUUCGUCUGCGCGGGAUGUUUGGUCUAGGAUUUAUUCUGAGGGUUCAUAG